UUAUAUAUGUAAUGGGAUUUGAAAUAAGCAAAGGCUGGAUCUUGUUUCUUGUGUGGUGGUUACUGUUAUUAUUGGCUUGUUCAUGGUGUCUGGAGGAUGAUCGAAUAAAGGAGUUGCCGGGGCAGCCGCCGGUGGGGUUCAGUCAAUUCUCCGGCUACGUCACCGUGAACCGCCGACAUGGGCGAGCUUUGUUCUACUGGCUUACUGAGUCUACCUAUUCCCCGCGCAAUAAGCCUCUUGUUCUCUGGCUCAAUGGAGGGCCUGGUUGCUCAUCUGUAGCGUAUGGGGCAUCAGAGGAAAUUGGUCCCUUUCGGAUAAACAAAAGGGGGUCUUCCCUAUAUCUUAACAAAUAUGCAUGGAACAGAGAAGCAAAUAUCCUUUUUCUUGAAUCACCUGCUGGUGUUGGUUUCUCCUACACAAAUACAAGCUCGGACCUCAAAACUACAGGGGACAAAAGGACAGCUCAAGAUGCACUGAUUUUUUUAAUUAGAUGGAUGUCAAGGUUUCCACACUAUAAAGACAGAGAGUUUUACAUCGCUGGAGAGAGCUAUGCAGGGCAUUACAUACCCCAGUUGGCUAAGCAAAUUUAUGACUAUAAUAAAGCACAUCCACAUAUCAUGAAUCUAAAAGGGUUCAUCGUGGGAAAUGCUGUAACCGAUGACUAUUAUGAUGGGAUCGGAACUAUCACAUAUUGGUGGAGCCAUGCUUUGAUAUCUGAUCUCUCAUACCAUUCAAUCCUCAAAUACUGCAAUUUCACAUCAGAAAAGACUUCCAAAAAAUGUGAUGAUGCAGUGAGUUAUGCAGUUAACCAUGAAUUUGGAAAAAUUGAUACAUACAGUAUUUAUACCCCAACAUGCCCAACUCGGCAUAACAAUACCUUAAGAUAUAUAAGGUUUAAGAGUACAAUCUUACAUAGGGUUUCAGGGUAUGAUCCAUGUACUGAAGAUCGUGCAGAAAAAUAUUAUAACCGUCCUGAAGUGCAGCAAGCAAUGCAUGCAAAUGUUACAAGCAUCCCUUACAAGUGGACUGCUUGCAGUAAUGUGCUCACAAGAAACUGGAAGGAUUCUCCAGUUUCUGUAUUGCCUAUAUACAAAGAGUUGAUUGCGGCUGGGUUAAGAAUAUGGGUUUUCAGCGGGGACACAGAUUCUGUGGUUCCAGUGACAGCCACCAGGUUUUCCCUCAACCAUCUCAAUCUCACCAUUAAAACCCGUUGGUAUCCGUGGUACUCAGGUGGACAGGUAGGCGGAUGGACAGAGGUGUAUGAAGGGCUCACGUUUGCCGCUGUGAGAGGAGCUGGACACGAAGUACCAUUAUUUCAGCCUAGGCGAGCAUUCACACUCUUCAAGUCUUUCUUAGCAGGGAAGGAGCUACCAAAGUCUUAAAAGCUAAGACGUUACCAGUGAAAAUUGUAACAUUUCAUCAGUCGCAGUACAAGCAUUUACAUUUAUUUUGUUCCCCUGCAAUUAAUGGGUUGAGCAGCCUUAAUAAGAAAUUACAAUCAGAUAUUCAAACUGUAGUUUGUGGUUUGUAAAAACCACGUUGAAUUUUGUUUGCCUCCAAUAAUAAAUAGGCAAGCUCCAUUUUCAGACAA